AUGGCGUUCAAAGACACAUUUCCUGAAGGAGUAGACAUGGAAGUGGAAAUUCUUGGUCAGCAACCAGCGCUGCAGGUCUAUACGCAGCUGAGCUCCGUCUUCCGGCUUGACGCGGAUGCGCAAGUCGAAGAUAUUCUAAGCACAUUACGAAAAGGCCUUGUCCAGCUUGCCAAGGACUUUCCCUGGCUCGCUGGUCAGAUUAUCCACGAGCGCAUCGGCCACGACAGCUCUGGUGUCUUCAAGAUUAAGCCCUUCGAGGUCACCCCGCGCCUCACCGUCAAAGACGCUCGUCGAGAUGGUUCCAUGCCGUCGAUGGAAGAAAUGGCGGCUGCCGGCUUCCCCAUGUCCAUGUUUGACGAGACCAAAAUUGCACCGCGCAUGACCAUUCCUGGCGGCCCUGGCGAGACCGCAAACGACCCAGAGCCAGUAUUGCUCUUUCAAGUAACGCUGGCUCCUGGCGCGCUUAUCCUCACGUCCGCCACAGUUCACCGUGCCAUCGAUAUAAUUGGGCAGGCGCAGAUCUUGCACUGGCUGUCCCAGGCGUGCCACGGUAUUCCAUUUACCGAGGAAGACAAGACGGUGGGCAACAUGGAGCGAAAAGCCCUGAUUCCGUUGAUUCAAGGCUCAGACGACCUCGAGAGCGAGUUUCGUACCCUGUGGAUCACGCCUACCACUCCGCCAGCCAAGAACAACGACCCGGCGCCACCUUGCAGUUGGGCCACCAUUCGUGUGAGCCCAGAUGCACUAGUCAAACUCAAAGCAGACGCGACAAAGACGGUGACCGAGGGCUUCAUUUCGACCGACGACGCGCUGACGGCUCUGGUCUGGCAAGCGAUCAUGCGAGCUCGUCAGCAUCGGGUACCCCAAGACAGAGUGGUGAGGAUGACGCGCGCCGUCGAUGUUCGCUCCCAUUGCAAUCUCUCCAGCAAGUAUCCUGGCUUGAUGCAGAGUCAGAGCCUAAACAGCUACCCUAUUCAAGAACUUGUGGACGCGCCGCUAGGCGAGAUCGCGUCGCGUCUGCGCCUGGCGCUCGACCCAGCCAAGACGCUGCGCGAGCUCAGCGGCCUGGCAACGAUGCUCGAGCGUGAUGCAGACAAGACGCGGUACUCGUUUGUUGCCUCGACGGAUUCUGCGAUUGAUAUUAACCUGAGCUCGUGGGUCAAGGUGGACUGCUACGACGAUGACUUCAAUUUUGGCCUAGGCAAGCCCGUCACCGUCGUUCGCCCGCACUUCGCCCCCUACGAGGGCCUCAUCUACAUGAUGCCUCGCUCUGUAGAGGAUGGUAUAACCAUAACAAUCUGUUUGCGUGAUGUUGAGAUUGAGAAGCUCAAGACGGACGAUAGAUUGACCACCUAUGCAAAGUUUGUGGAUAAUUAG